CCAAAUGACUAUGAUGUUUCUUAUAAAAUAAUUGGGUUUGAAGGAACUGAACAAGAAAAAGCAGCAGUUGAAAAAUUUGAAGUUGUUUUCUUGUCACCAGCUAAAGAAAUUUUUCUUGCUUUAAAGGAAGGUUUAAUUGAAGAACUAGUUCUUAUAAGUGCAUUUAGAGAAUGUAAGAAUGGCCAUUUUCCUUAUGCAUAUUAG